UAUUAACCCAAGCAAUACCUAUAUCAGGCAUGAUAUAGCAGAGCACCGUUAAAUAAUCACAAAAUGAAGUGCGUGUCUUUGGUGUUUUGUUUUACCGCGCUGCUAUUGGCCAUCUCAAUCGCUGACGUCAGAGGAGAGUGCAAACUCUCCCUACAAGAUGACUUCAAAAAACCCGCUCCGGUCUACAUCAAAGAUGGCGUCUUUUUGGCGCCAAACCCCGCGGGCGACAUACGUUUGCGGAAAUCGGAAACUCUGGCCGUGGCCUGCCCGGGGAACAAGAGGCGGGUAGUCCUUGGGAAUUUAACGACUAGUCUGGAUGUGGUGGAAGCCUCUUGUGUAUCGAACACCACUUUCCGAGUGGGCCAGUGGCUGGGACCCUUCAAAUCCAUCACCUGCAACGUGCAGCCGUGGUUCAGCAGUCAGGAAGUGAAAGGGGGGUGCGGGAGAGGAAAUCAAUUGCACAGAGUGGGCUACCAAAUCGAGAGCGUGUUCUUCUCUGUGUACGAGGCCUGUUUCGACCCGUCUCUGGUGAGGACGGUGUACGUGCGACACGAGCUCACGCCUGCCAGCGUGUUCUUCCAAAAAGGCCAGCAGAGACCUCAAUUUACCGAGGGGACUCUCUUCGGCAAAGUCAGGAUGUCGAAGUUGUACUCGAUGAAGAACCAGAAGGAACGGGUCCAGGAGCUUGUGGGUGACGUCGCUGACCAGUACAUCACUAAGAAGGAGUUCCUAAGCCGAGGCCACCUCGCAGCGCGAGCAGACUUCUCCCUGCGCGCGUGUCAAGUGGCCACCUUCCACUACGUCAACACGGCGCCGCAGUGGCAACGCGGCAACGCGGGCGACUGGGCCGCUUUGGAAGAGGCUCUUAAGCGCCGCAUCAGCGCUCUAGGCAGACCAGUGACGGUGUACACGGGAACCCAUGGCGUCAUGAGCUUCGGGCCCCACAAGGAGCUGUAUUUGACCGCAGACACCAAUAACAAUGGGAUUGUGCCUGUCCCUUUGUAUCUUUAUAAGCUGGUCUUCGACCCUCUCACCAGAAAGGCCGUGGUCUUCGUAUCCAUCAACUCUCCCUUCUACAACUCUACCAUCACCGACCAGCUGACCUUCUGCGAGGAUGUGUGCGAGAGGAAAGAAUACUCCUGGCUGACCUGGAGAGACGAUGGCACCACCAGCUUCUGCUGUAACUACAAAGACGCGAAACUGUUUCAUCUACCGAAGUUGCCCGUGUCUGGACUUUUUUAUUGAAUUGGCAGAUGCCAAGGCUUCUAUGUAAACUAUAGAUCGCUAAAAGAAAGUUGAGGCGAACUACGUGUUCUCAUGUAAUAAUUGAGUACAGAAUAACAAAUUAAACGUCAUCAUGUUCAAAUAUGAAAUAACUAGCUACCUUGCUCUGGCAAAUGUCUACAAGCGAGAAAAAAGCAUUUGUUAAUCCGACUACGCAAGACGUGCUUAGUCAGCGUAUACAAUACAAAUCUUUGAUGCAAUGGCCUCAACUGUAAUUAUUGCGCGACCAAUACUACGAGUAGUAUAUUCUUGCAACUCACGAAGGCGAGUGAGCUUUACUUGUGUGUGUAACUACGUGUACAUGCACAUAACGAUAGUGUAAAGUCUAUCAAAACUUGAAAAACGAACAGUAGCGAGUCACCACACAUGUAAAACUCACUUGCCUUCGUGAAUCGCUCAGGUGAAUCGCAACAACU